GUACUUACCAGUUACGCUUUAAAAAUUCAAAUUUCUAGUGUACUAUCUUAACUUGUUUUUGUUAAGUUAAUACUGUUAAGACGUUCUUUUGGUUCUAAGUUCUCAAAAAAACUAAUUGGCUAGUUUUUAUACUUUUGCCGUAAUAAUUACUUGGGUGACUAAGCCAACGAUCGCAUCUCAUCUGGCAACUUUGUGAUUGUUAUAAGUUCUAAUUUGAAAUUGUCCGGACUUCUGAAGUAACGUUCAUUACAUGAUUUUUGUACUUUAAUUUAAAACUUUUAAAUUAUCUAGACAAAAUGAAUGAAAAUUUAUCACAAAAUAAUGAAAGCUCUGUAAGCACAUCAACAAACUGUACUCGUCCUAGUAUAACUACAAUUGAUAUUUUAAAACAAGAAUUAUAUCAAACACAACUGCAAUUGAAAACCAAAAAUGCUUUUAUUAGUGAACUUCAAAAUGAUGUAGAACAAUUACAGAUAGUUGAAGAUGAUAAUAUUAAAUUGAAAUCAGAAAUUUUAACAAAAGAGUCAGAUUUAAGGCAAUGGACUGUAAAAUAUUCUAAUUUAGAGUUCAAAUUAUUAGACCAACAAAAAGACCAUUUAUCACAGAUUGAUUUGUUAAACGAGCAACUAUCAAUUUUAAAAAAUUUAAAAGAUAAGCCAAAAGAAGACUUACCAGUAAAUUUAAAUGAAACUAUCGUAACAGAAUUAAAAACUGAGUUAAAUGAAAAAAAGGAAAAAUAUGAAGAGAUGCAAAAUAUGAUUAACAAUCAAGAAAUUAUCAUUAUGGAGCUAGAACAUUCAAAAAGCAGAGCUAUUGAAGAAUUAGAAGAAUUUAAAAGAAAAUUUGAUUUUAAAACUGAUCAAUUAAAUGAAUGGAAGCAAAAGUAUGAGACAUUGCAAGAAGAAUGUGAAAUGCUCAGGUUACAACUCAAUAGUAUAAAUAAUUUAAAUGCUCAUAAUAAAAGAGGAAAUUCAUUGUUUGCUGAAGUGGAUGACAAAAGACAAGCAUUGACAACUGAAUUGGAAAUAAAAAGAGAAAAAUAUGAAACUUUAAAAAAAUGCUUAUCAAAAGCUAAUCAUGAUAACAAUCAAAUGAAGAUGGAAAUUAUGAGAUUAGAAAAACAGUUGUUAGAAACAGAAAGAAAUGAUGACUUAGAAAAAUCUACUUUGAUUCAAAGUUAUAAAAAUUGUAUAAGCGAUUUAGAAGCCAAAAUUAGGGAAUUAGAUAAAAGACCAGAAACCCCACAAGUAUUAAAAAUAGAUAAUUUAAGCAAUGAUGGCAUGAAUGUUGUUCUUCAAAUUGUAUCUGAUGUCCGAAAAGAAAAGAAGGCAUUAGAAGAAGAAAUGAAUAGAAGGUCUAUUAGAGAUAUGGAAGCUCGCCAACAAUGUUUUAAAGGAGAAUGUGAAAUUCGACAGCUUAAGAAAGAGAUGAGAAAAGACAAACUACAAUUAAAAGAAUUAGAACAACAAAUUUCUGUACUAAAAUCUAAAUUGUCUUCAUCUAAGGAAAAUAUUGGGGAAGAUAAACGGAUAACAUCUAAAGGAGUACGUUUUCACAAUAACUGUAAGAUAGAAGAUGGGGGCCCUUCGUUGAAACAAGCAAAAAAAAUUCCACAACAAGCUGUUUUGAACACAAUUGUUUGUCCAAAAUUAGAAGAAUUAUAAAUUAUAAUUAAUAUUAUUUUAUUAUUUUAUUUAGUUUA